UGCCUGGCCACCGUGGGGGUCGUGGCUACGGUGGCCGUUAGGUUUAUUGUUUCGCAUCCGCAAUGCAAUCUUCCCCAGCCAGAAAGGAGAGUCAAGCCCAGAACACGACAUAGAGAGUAGUGCCUCUACAGAAACUGAGGUCCAAGCCAUCAAGAAUCAUGAUGGAACUACACCAUUCACAGGAUUCAUAGGACAAGUGGAACACAACGUAAGAAACAGCAAAGGCGAGAUGCUGGAUGCUGGAACAACGGGGAUUGUGGAACGUUUGCCAUCUGGCGAUGUUGUCAAGUCACCAUGGACUGGUUCAUCAGAGACCAUGUGCCGUGACGAAUUGAUACUCGAGAAUCGAAUAUAUGAAAUACUAGGUCCUCACCCCCGCCUAGUAAAGAUAAUCGCAUGGGAUGCUAAAGAUUGUGUUCUCACUAUGGAGUAUAUGUCGAACGGCUGCCUCAGAGAUUACCUUCCUGCGCACAACGACGAGAUAUCUACAGGACAGCGUCUCUGCUGGGCACAAGAGGCGGCAGAAGGACUUCAGCUACUACAUUCUGCACAAGUGCUUCAUUGCGAUGUCGGCCCUAAGAACUUUCUACUAGACGGAGACCUUAACCUCAGGAUUGCUGACUUUAGUGGUUCCUCGCUCGAAGGCUCUCGACCGGCAGCAUGCGCAUCGACGCGAUUUCUGCCACCUAGCCACGAAUUCCGUCUUGGGCCCUCGAUUCAAGAAGAUUUAUAUGCGCUAGGCUCUACUAUCUACACAAUCAUGACCGGUAGACCUCCGUUUGAGGAACUAGACAGCGAUGAAGUUAAAAAAUGCUUCAGAGCUCAGACCUUUCCCGAUAUGACGGAAAUAUUGUGUGGAGAGAUCAUCCAACGCUGCUGGC